AUGGCUUGGCUGUCUCGCCUUCCCGUCGUUCCUUUUCGACUCAUCUCAUAUCAACGGGCGGCGUCAGGUUCUUGUGCAUAUCAAAGUCGUCAUGUGACUACCGCUUCGUCAGAGAAGAAAAAGGCUUAUUCACAUACUCUGCUCCUGCCGAAGACGGAUUUCCCUUUGAAGCAUAAGGACGUUGUGGCAGCUGAGAAAAGGUACAGAAGUAAGACAGCAGAUGAGCUGUACAAGGAGCAGGCGAAGCGGAAAGAAAACCCUCUAUUCGUGCUGCAUGAUGGCCCUCCUUACGCCAAUGGGCACCUACAUAUGGGUCACGCGUUGAACAAGGUGCUCAAGGAUAUCAUAAAUCGCUAUGUGCCUGGUUGGGACUGUCACGGAUUACCGAUUGAGCAAAAAGCGCUGGCUGCGAUAGGGAAAUCGCACACAUCAUUGGAACCCACGCAAGUGCGCGAAGAAGCGAGAAAAGUAGCAUUAGAAGCGAUAGAUAUACAGAAAACAGAGAUGAAAGCUUUGGGUGUGAUGGCGGACUGGGAUGGUGAAAAUGGGACAUAUAGGACUUUAGCUGAAAUUAUUCAAGACGAUGGUGGAGAGAGACUUCGUCCGACAUAUUAUUCUCCGUCUUCUCGUACGGCUCUUGCGGAGGCGGAACUGAGCUACAAAGAUGGCCACAAGUCGAGGUCUGUUUACGUUGGGUUCCCUGUGGAUCAGGGCGAUAUGUCCGAGGGUCUUCGUGAGGUGUAUGAGCGAGAUGUAGGGCGAGGGCAAUUGGAGCUGGCCGUCUGGACGACGACGCCGUGGACAUUGCCAGCUAAUAUGCUGAUAGUGACAGGCUCUGAAUUGGUCGGAACCCGAUAUACACACCUAUUCCACCCUGCUUCUUCAUCACGGCCCAGACCCGUCGUCUUCGCAGCAAACCAUGUUACAGCGCAGGCUGGUACAGGGCUGGUCCACUCGGCACCUGCUCAUGGAUAUGAGGAUUACGAAGCUUUCAUUGCCGCGGGAAUUCUACCUGAAGAGCUGCGGUGUCCAGUUGAUGAUGACGGGUGUUUCACCAUGGACUUGGUGAGCUGGGCUAAAGGUGAUUCCGCUGCGUCAUUGGUCGGUCAACAGGUGUUAGGCAAAGGUACAGACACUGUGAUUGAGUUGUUGCGCAAGAAUAGUGUACUGCUCGCCGAACAACAAAUCGAACAUCGAUAUCCUUACGACUGGAAAUCGAAGAAGCCCAUAAUAGUUCGAGCCACACCACAAUGGUUUGCAGAUGUCGAAGGGGUGAAGACAGGGGCGGUACAUGCAUUAGAGAGUGUUCAUUUUCAUCCGGCACAAUAUAGCGUAACGCUGGAACAUAUCAUUGCGGUGCUGGAUCGUGAAGGGAUAGAUCAUUGGUGGAAGGGCCCCAUAGAAGAUUUCGUACCCGCUGGAGGUACAGCGAUCACACGAGGAUAUGAUACUCUUGAUGUUUGGUUUGAUAGCGGUUCUUCGUGGACUAUGUUGGAAGAGCGGUCUGGACCCGUCGCGGAUGUCUAUUUGGAAGGAUCAGAUCAACAUCGAGGAUGGUUCCAGUCGUCGCUUCUCACUAAGCUUAUCUCCUCGCCUGAAGCCACAGCGCCUUAUGGCACGGUUAUAACCCACGGAUUCGUGAUGGAUGAGCAGGGCGAUAAGAUGAGCAAGUCAGCAGGGAAUGGGCUGUCGCCAAUGGAGAUUAUACACGGUUCAAAGGUGAGUACGAAGUCAUCUGUGGAUUACACCAACGAUGUGGCCAUUGGACCGUCGUCAAUAUCCAACGCGACAGAGGCAAUGCGGAAAUUACGGAACUCUAUGCGGUAUCUGCUUGCCAAUACUGGGGCGGAUGUGCCAUCACUCGGUGAAGUGACUCUGCGACCGACUCUCCACCGGAUGACCCGAAUUUUAGCUCCAAUCGCUCCGCAUUUCGCGGAAGAACUUUAUGAGCAUAUGGGCGGCAAAGAGGCUUCAGUAUUUUUGGUACCUUGGACUGCGGAAGAUGUAUGGUCGGACCCGACUAUCAAAGCGGAGAUGAGUCGGGUCUUGUCAAUCCGAGCUGAAGUGCAGCAGCUCGUGGAGAAGGCUCGCGCCGAGAAGUGA